AUGUCUUCCAGUGACGAUUUUACUUUAGCCGAGUUUGGUCUGGUUGAGGCUGACGAAGGAAACGUUCCUGAAUGGAAUUUGCUUCCAGAGGCAUUGCCACAGACUAAUGAGACACAAUGGCCCCAGUACGAGCAGCAAACGUGCGUGUGGCAGGAGCAGACGUCUCAAGUGUACCAGCCGACAUUCAACCAAGCGCCGAGUGUACCCACGCCUGUGAUGCACACCGUACAUACAAGCCCGCACAAUCUUCAGUUUAUUCAAAAUUGCCAGUAUAUGGCGAUGCAUUCUGCCCAGUAUCAGCAAUUUCCAGUUAAUCACCUAUACAAGAUGCAGCAGCCAAUGCUGAAAAAUGUACCAUCAAAACACCACAGAGCGCACAUUACUCUGGUUCACAACACUAAUGGACCUUCCAAAGCAAUCAUCAAACGCAAGCGUAAAAGGACAGCUUUCACCACCGACCAGAUUCUAGCCUUGGAAAAAGUCUUUUGUAAAAAACCUUACGUAAACCGCGACGAGCGUCAGGCCCUCGUGGAGCAACUUCAAGUCACCGACAGGGCCGUCAAAGUGUGGUUCCAGAACCGUAGGAUAAAGAACAAGAGAGAAGAGCGUGAGGCUCUGGAGGCCUCAUCAGACUAUUCUCCCGUGGGCGAAACAGAUUCUUCGGACUCCUUCGGACUGGCUUACGUAGAAGCUCAGAUCUCGCAAAAAACCGACGAGUUCGGGUACGUCACACUAGACGAUCGCGCCAUGGGAGAACUGGUCAGUGUCAUCGAUAGCUUGGUUGGUGAAAAAGUUGACUACGACGCACUGAGCAAGGAAGACGUAGUAGGCAAUGUGCAAAAUGGAAUAUGA